AUGCGGUUUCCGACAAUGAAGUCCUCGGAGAAUCUUCAGUCACUCUUCAUCGGUGAUCCGUCUGCCGUCUUCACUCGCAUGAUACAGGGUUCCAAGGCUGGAGAUAUGGGCUUCUUCCACGUUCGACGUGAAAACAAUGUGGUACCUGCAUAUAUGUCGAGCCCUAAGCGUAAAGAACGUCCUUUGAUUCUGACAUCGAAGUAG